GAUGAAGUAUUUGAUAACUACCCAAUCACAUGUGAAACCGGAGACAAUGAAAGUGCAAUACAUUAAAUCGAAUACAGUAAUCACCGACGCCGAAACGCGGGUCGGACCACUAUCUUUCUCUCUCUCCUACUCCUCACAGCGAACUGCCAGAUCUUACUUCUCUUCUCCCUCACUAUCACUAUCUCUCUCAUACGCACACACCGCCGAUUUGACCAACAACACACACAACACUGAUUCGCGUGUAUCUAUAUCCGCGCUCACACUCCACCAGUGAAUGCUUCUGUACUCUUUCGAAAAGCAACGCCAAGGAGAGGAUUGGCCGGAUUCGUGUGGUGAUUGAGGAAUUGUCCUGGGGCGGUCGUGAUGGCUGUGGCGGUCCGGGGCAAUCGAGUCGGAUCGAGCGGCGGAUCCGUCCUCCGCAGCUUCUUCAGCUACCGGAUCUUCGUUUCCGCUAUGUUCACGCUCCUUUUCCUCGCUACUCUCUCCGUCCUCCUCACAUCUCACCCAUCUCACAACGAUUCCGUUGUGGAUGCUUCAGGGAAUGCACAUGUAAGACGAAGUUUUCUAGCGUGGCAGUCAGAUCCGGUGAAGACUAGGUUAGAUUUGAUAUAUAACCAGGCAAACAAUCACAUUGCAUUAGUUAAUGCAUAUGCUACCUACGCCAGAAAACUCAAACUUGAGAUAUCGAAGCAGCUUAAGAUGUUUGAUGAUCUGGCUCAGAAUUUUUCUGACCUCCAAUUGAAGCAGACUUAUCGCACUGCAUUGUUUGAAUCUGAUGGGCCGGUUGAUGAGGAUGUCUUGAGGCAAUUCGAGAAGGAGGUAAAAGAUAAAGUCAAGAUUGCUAGGCUAAUGAUUGCAGAGAACAAGGAAUCAUACGACAAUCAGUUAAAGAUUCAGAAAUUGAAGGACACAAUAUUUGCUGUGAAUGAGUUGCUUGUGAAGGCCAAGAAAAAUGGGGUCUUUGCCAGCUUGAUUGCGGCGAAAUCAACUCCCAAGAGUUUGCAUUGUUUAGCAAUGCGGCUUAUGGAGGAGAGAAUUGCUCAUCCUGAAAAGUAUGUGGAUGAUGAGCCGGGACCUGAGCUUGAGGAUCCUAACUUAUACCACUAUGCUUUAUUCUCUGACAAUGUGAUUGCAAUCUCUGUGGUGGUAAACUCCGUUGUUAAGAAUGCAGAGGAGCCAUGGAAACAUGUAUUCCAUGUUGUUACCGAUAGAAUGAAUUUCGCUGCAACUAAGGUUUGGUUUAAGAUGAGGCCAUUGCAAGGGGGAGCCCAUAUUGAGAUCAAGGCAGUGGACGAUUUCAAGUUCUUAAAUCCUUCGUAUGCACCUGUGCUUAAGCAGCUCCAAUCUGCUAAGUUAAGGAAGUAUUACUUUGAGACGAGAGCUGAGAACACCUCUACAGAUGUAAACAAUAUGAAGUAUAGAAACCCCAAGUAUUUAUCAAUGCUCAAUCACCUUCGCUUCUACUUGCCUGAACUCUACCCAAAGCUGCACAAGAUUCUAUUUCUAGAUGACGAUGUUGUAAUUCAGAAGGAUCUGACUGCCUUGUGGAGAAUUGAUAUGGAUGGGAAGGUUAAUGGUGCCGUCAGCACUUGCUUUGGGUCAUUCCAUCGUUACUCUGAAUAUUUAAACUUUUCUCAUCCUCUCAUUAAGCAGAAGUUUAGUCCCAGGGCGUGUGCAUGGGCUUUUGGCAUGAAUAUUUUUGACCUCGAUGCUUGGAGACAGGAGAAAUGCACUGAGCAAUAUCAUUAUUGGCAGGAUCUGGUAAGUCACUAUGCUUUAGCAAUUUACUACCUAAAUAUUUUGUUGGUAAUUUACAUUCCCAUCAUUUGGUCGCUAAAUCAUAUGGUUAACGAAUGUCAGAAUGAGGAUCGUUCGUUAUGGAAGAUGGGGACGCUACCAGCUGGGCUUGUUACUUUUUACUCAACAACCAAGCCAUUGGACAAAGCUUGGCAUGUGCUGGGGCUCGGGAUCAAUCCUAGUAUCAGUAUGGAGGAAAUUGAGAAGGCUGCCGUCAUCCAUUUCAGUGGAGACAUGAAGCCAUGGCUGGAUAUAGCCAUGAACCUUUACAAGCAUCUAUGGACAAAGUAUGUUGAUAACGAAAUGGAAUUCGUGCAGAUGUGCAAUUUUGGCAUGUAGAGAAGAAGUACAACUAUGGACGAAGCAAUCACAAGGUAUCAGACAUAGCUUUUCUGAAUGAAGGUUCUACGUAACUCUCGCCAAGAGAUUUUCUGGUAGCUGCUAUUUAUCUUAGUUAAUGUGGAUGGGCCUGUGGGAAACUUGUGUUUGUGUUUUGUAUACUCAUAAACCUAUUCUUUGUAGAAGAUAGGCAUAAUGGUCGGAAAUAGAAAAGGUUCUUAAGCCAGCUAUUGUCUAGUUUGGUACACUUGUGAAAAUCUGCUCGUUAUCUGAGGUAUUGUUUCUACUUUGUUACAGAUUGGAUUGUGAUAUUCCAUCAACACAAAAAAUAUUCUAUGUUUGCAUAAGAUUAGACAUCAAUUUUA